AUGAACAUUAGUUGUGUGGCUAUAUAUCUAUUAUUUUAUUUUAUCUAUUUUGUUUCAUGCACCGAUGAAUGGUCGAAGUACCACAAUUAUGAAGAUCUUGUAUCUAAGCUUAUUGAUAUACAUAAACAAUGUCCUAAAUAUACUGAAGUGAAAUCUAUUGGAGAAAGUGUUGAAGGUCGACAACUAUUAGUUAUUCAGUUUUCAACUCGACCUGGAGGUCACCAACUUUUAAAACCUGAAGUGAAAUACAUUGGUAACAUGCAUGGCAAUGAAGCGAUUGGUAGAGAAUUACUAUUGCGCUUGGCAGCGUAUCUUUGCGAUGGUAUUAAUAGAAAUGACGACGAGAUCAUGGAAUUAUUAAAUACGACCUCGAUUCAUAUUCUCCCAUCAAUGAAUCCCGACGGAUUUGAACUUGCAUAUAUGGCGGAUAGGAACGAAAGAGGAUGGCUUUUAGGACGAGGAAAUGCGAACGGAGUUGACCUCAAUCGAGACUUUCCUGAUCUUGACAGCAUUUAUUAUUCAUUGGAGAAGCAAGGGAUUCCCCGUUAUGAUCAUAUACUUGGCCUUUUUGAUGACGACAAAAGAGAGUAUCAGCCGGAAACUAGAGCAGCUGUUAGAUGGAUUCUUUCGAUUCCAUUCGUUCUUUCAGCCAAUCUUCAUGAAGGUGAUUUGGUUGCAAACUAUCCUUUUGAUGCAUCAAAAUAUCCUGGUAUCAAUGACUAUGCUAAAUCACCGGAUGACCAAACAUUCAGAUAUCUAGCAGAAGUUUAUGCAAAAAAUCAUGCAUCAAUGGCUAAGAAAGAUCAUACAUCGUGUGAUGGUCGUGCGAAAGAUGCCUUUGCAAAACAAGGAGGAAUAACUAAUGGCGCUCAAUGGUACUCAGUGUCAGGAGGCAUGCAAGAUUUCAAUUAUUUAGCAACAGACGCUUUCGAAAUUACACUGGAACUUUCAUGUGAUAAAUUCCCCACCGAGUCGAAAUUGCCUACUUUUUGGAGAGAAAACAAAAAAGCACUUAUCGAAUUUCUUCGACAGGCGCACAUUGGUAUAAAGGGUGUUGUCUCAGAUAGACUUACUGGUGAACCGAUUUCUGGUGCAAUCGUAUGGGUUUGGAAUGGCACCGACAAUUCGCCAAUCAAGCACUCUGUCACAACGUGUAUGGGGACAACUGGUGAUUAUUUUCGAUUGCUUACUCCAGGAUAUUACGAAAUUAUGGUAAUGGCUGACGGAUACGAACCUGCUAUAAGGAAAGUAAACGUUACAAAUUCAAAUCAUGCCUCAGCGCAAAUCGUUAAUAUUGAUUUGGCUUCCAUUACACCGCUCUAUGGAAUUGAUGAGAACGGUAAUGAAAUGAUGAGCGAAUUAUUUGAAUAA